AUGCUCUCGCGUGCGGUUCCGAUCGCCCUCUGGGCUCUCAGCCUCGCUUCGCAUGCCGUGGCAGAACCGACGGCUGGGCUUCCGUCCUUUCUGUAUGGAACGCCAUUGCAUGUCGAGUGCAUGAACCGUAGCUACGAAACCGGUGAGCACAUACAAAACGAUAGGCAAGAAAUCCAAUGGGCUCCCUUCUCCCUCUGCGAAGAAACCGGCAAACCUCUCGAAUUCCACUACGGCGUCGAAGGUGAGCAGAACUGCACCAUCGCGGCCAUCGACGACCCCUUCUUCCACCUCCUCGAAUUCUAUAUCCACUCCGACGCGCCCCUCUCGUGCCGGCUCCCCGCGCGACCGCGUCCGCACGUGGAAAUCAUUGGCGAAAAGCCCUACGAGCAGGAGUACAUCCCUAUUGUCUUCGCGCUCGCGGGAACCCUUCAGCUCAGCCAUAUGCACAUUAGCACGCACAUGAACGUCCUGUUGCACACGCAGUCCAACCGACGCAUUCGGCCCCAUGAUACGGGCGUGUUGGACAGCGGUAUAGCGUACAGCACGAGCCCGCUAGGCCAGGGCAGGGAGUCCAGCUCGCAUCGCAUCGUCAUCGGGGAUCCUCUGCCGCUGCGCUUCUCUGUGAGGUGGUUCCCUAACCCUCGUUUGCCGCGGACGGACGGCACGGUGCAAUGGCAGGGGAUGGGUGGACAUGUAUUUGCCAGCACGGUGUUUUACGUCAUGGUCUCUUUCAUCGCUGGUGCGGUUGUCUCUGGGGCAUACUUUUACGGUAGGGUCUUGCCGACCCGGUUACGGGGUAGGGCGCUAGGAGGAGCUACGCCACUUGGACAUGGACUCAGUUCAGGUGUUGGCAAUGGCUGGGGUUAUGCGAAGAGGAUAGAUUAG